AUGAUAUCCGUACUUCACUCUCCAAUCACUCAGCAAAAGUUUGUUAUUCUGGACUGUCCAACCGAACAAACGCUGGCCUCUUACGUUCCAAGGUUACAAGAGGAGAAUGUGCGGGCACUGGUCAGAAUAUGCCACCGACCGGGAACUCAGAACCCUUAUGAUGGGGCAGCGUUAGAAAAGGAAACUGGUAUUAAGGUUAUCGACGACAUCAAAUUCUCUGAUGGAGGCAUUCCUGAUCCCGCAAUGGUUGAGAGAUGGUUAAAGUUGAUUGACGAAGCAAAAGAACAAGGAACUACUGUUGGUGUUCAUUGUGUUGCUGGUAUAGGAAGAGCACCUGUAUUGGUGACUAUCGCUUUGGUUGAAAGUGGCAUGGAUGGACUGGAUGCUAUCAGUCACGUGAGGACCCACCGUAGAGGAGCGUUGAAUAAACAGCAAGUACGGUUCAUUGACACUUAUCGAUCUAAACGUCAAAAGACACGUUCUUGGCUUGGCUGGUUGCGAGGGUAA